AUGGCGAAAUCAGUAGCAGCAGCAGCUUAUGCCAUCCUCUUUCUUGUCACCGUCGGCACGACAAUGCCUACAGCCUCUUCAUUCCAACUCAUCCCUGACAUUAUAAAAUGCUGGAAAGCUGUCGUCGAGGUCGAACACUGUGCGGUAAAGCUUAUUCCUUCUUUCCUCACCUUGCACAUAAGGCUUACGCAGGAUUGCUGCAAGGCUUUCGUGCACAUUGAAGAGAGCUGCCUUCCUAUCGUCUUCACAGCGCCAUUGUUGGGGCCUGGGUUGUCCAACAUCACCUCCACCAUUUGUGGCAUAUUGGCUGAUCCCCCGUCGCCACCAACGGUGGCUUGA